CUUCACUGGAGAGUUGGGCUGCACUCUAACAGCUCACUAACAGCUCACUAACAGCUCACUAACAGCUCACUAACAGCUCACUAACAGCUCACUAACCACAUCUCACCUGCUGCAUCACUGUGUGCCGGUCCAGUACCAACAUGAGACCCAUUUGGACCCUGCUGCCCCUCGCUGUGCUGGUUGUGCUUCUGUGCGACACUGUCUACAUGCAAGGUACAGGGAACAUCGUUGCAGAUUGCUGCCUUAGAACCAGUGACAAGCGAAUUCCCUUGGGGGCUGUCAGAGCCUAUCAGAUCCAGAGCCAGAAUAAUGGGUGCCCCAAAAACGCCGUGGUGUUCAUUACUAAAACCAACAAGCAGCUGUGUUCCACCCAAGGGCUGAAGUGGGUUAAUAAGCUGAUGCAGAAGUUGGACAAACUGGGGAAGAAAUCAGGAAAAAAGAAGAACACGGCAAGAGGAGCAGGAGAGAGAAGAAACAGAGGGGACCCUCCAACUCAUGGAUAAUGAAGAUGAGGAUGGACCAGCCGUGUGUCUGACUUGUGGGUGCUCUGAAGUCUCUGCAUUGAAAGAUCCAACCAUGGGUCCAAGUCAACUUCCUUCACUUCUCUAUAUGCUCUAAUUAUAGGGGCGCCAUCACCCCCUCGCCUACUAUCAAAUCUUUGUUAUUUUUUUCUUGUUCUGUUCCUGUUGGGCUUCAUAUAUUUGGGUCUACAAACUCAACAGCCUGACCCUUGGUAUACGGGAUUUAAUCCUCCGUAUAUACAUCCUGAGCUGAGGCUUAUGUUGAUAGGGGAUGCUUAGUUUAUAUAUCCAUGUAUAGAUAACUGCGGCUUUGUAUAGUUGGAUUAUUACAUAAAGGCACAAACUUCCACAGAAUCCCCCUGUGAACGUACGAGGGUAGAGAUUAUUAUAGCAAUGGAGCAUUCAUUUGCUGUAGGUUUGCAUUUAUUAUAGGUGGGGCGCCAUAUUGGUUUUUUUUUGAUGGAAGAGCCUUUAGUACCUGAUUGCAAAAACACAAUGACAAUGUUUAUUAGGGAUGUUCUGCUGAUGUCUAUGGAGCACACCUAAGCAACAUGGCAGCUCCAGCUGUGAAUAAACUCCAAUAAGUCUUGAGCGCUUAUAUACCUGCGCUCUCCAGACCUGCGGGUGCAAAUGAAGCCCUAGAACUACAAAAUCCAUGGCUCCCUUUACAUGUGACUCCAAUAAAGUUGGGUUAGUUAUAGAGUGUCAGGGGUGCUGGAACACCCAUAUUGCAACUGAGCGUAAUUUACCCAACGGGUGCAACCACUAAAGUGUUAGGUGCAAGUGGCUCUAGACGUGUUGUGGUCCUCUUGUUUCCACUUUGAAAAUGAAUAAUUGCCUUUAAUUCCUGAUUCCCUGGUGAAAUGUGACAAUUUGGGACCUGUCAAUGGGCAUUCGAUCUACGUUGCUAUUUCCCUGUGCAGCAUAUAAGCUUCUCUGUGUUUUCUUCUACCUUCGCUCCAUUUGCAUUUGCUCCAUUCCCUGUUAUUUGCUUAUUCUCAUAGCACCAAAGUUUGGCUGAAAUGUCAUCAAAGGGGCAGUUCAUCUUUGAGUUAACUUUUAGUAGGUCAUAAAAUGGCAGAUUAUAAGAAAUUCAUUUACUCUUAUUUUUUUAUACUUUUUGAAUUAUUAGACACCGUCUUUUGACUUUAUUCCAUCU